AAAAACAGAAAAUUUAGUGGUAAAAUGAGGAUUGAAGAAGAUAAAGGAAAAGGGAUGAAAUUGUGAAUAGGAUGGUGCAUCUCCCGAAACAGUUGACCCUGUGAGAGUUGGAGACACAGACACCCCACCCACACAAAAACCUCUUCAAAUUGCAAAGUGCAAACCACCAAAGGAGAACGCAUCUCUCAAAUUCAGAUUAAAUUCAGCUGAAACUCGAACUCAAAUAAAAUUUCCUCCCCCAAAACGAUGUCGUUCGAGGAGGAGGAGGAAGCCUUCGAGCACACGCUCCUGGUGGUGCGUGAGGUAUCCGUCUACAAGAUCCCGCCGCGCACCACCUCCGGCGGCUAUAAGUGCGGCGAGUGGCUCCAGUCCGAUAAGAUCUGGUCGGGUCGGAUCCGGGUCGUGUCUCGCCGGGACCGUUGCGAGAUCCGCCUCGAGGAUCCUAACUCCGGCGAGCUCUUCGCCGCGUGUUUCGUGUACCCCGGCCAGCGCGAUAACUCAGUUGAACCAGUCCUUGACUCGUCGCGCUACUUCGUCCUCAAGAUCGAGGAUGGUCGUGGCAAGCACGCCUUCAUCGGGCUAGGGUUCAACGAGAGGAACGAGGCGUUUGAUUUCAACGUUGCGCUCUCCGAUCACGAAAAGUACGUCCGGCGGGAGCACGAGAAGGAGGCUGGCGACUCCGCCUCCACGGAGGAGUCUCAGAUCGACAUUCACCCCGCCGUUAAUCACCGGCUCAAGGAAGGGGAAACCAUCAGGAUUAAUGUUAAGCACAAAGCAUCUAGUGGAACUGGCAUGCUUUCAGCUGCAGGACUAACGGGUGCGCAUUCUGGAACACCAAAGCCAAAAACCUUGAGCAUUGCUCCCCCUCCAAGUGGGGCAGGGAAAAUUAGGUCUCCUCUUCCGCCCCCACCAAACGAUCCUGUUGCUGCUCGGAUUGCUUCCACUGGUUACGAUAGUGUGAAACACUCUACUGACUCUUUAUCAGAUCUUUCUCAACUACAGAAGAAUCUUCCUUCAUCAACCAACUCGGGAUCGACCACUGCUUCAGGAUGGGCAGCCUUCUGAUUAUAUAUAUAUAUGAGCAUUUUAACCAUGAGGCUUUUACUAUUCUCUGAUUUUUUUGGUUCAUUUGAGAAAAGAAACAGUGGAAGAAAUUGAAGAAAAGAAGUGUCAUUAGUAAAGCUAGCACAAGGUACCAGUAAUUCGAUGUCUUGAGGAAUAUGCUGGAAAUAUUUAUGUUUUUCUUUGUUUGUAAUAACAGAUUUCUACAUCCAUAUAAAAAGAUUUACUCACCUUUCCCCUGCCCCCGAAAAAAAUUCUCUCUUUCUUGACUGAGGUGUUCUUAUAAUUUUAUGUUCAAGGAGUGUUCAGGAUGUCAUGUAUCAUUCAUCAACCGAUUGCCAAUUGCUUGACAUAGGUAUAUAUAAGGUUAUUAUUACGCUACUCAUAAUAAUUAUGGAGUGACGAAAGUCCAUUUAGCAGCCGGUAUAUCCGUUACACCGGUGCAACAGCUGUGUGCUUAUGUGGCUCUACUUGGACGAUUGUAUUGAAUCUAUGAAAAAGGUUAUACCAAUGUAAGAUUCCACUAACUUGCGCUUUGGUUUAUUCAUACAUGGGAUUCAGGAAUCAAAGCAGUAAACAGCCAUUAUUAAGUCAUAUUGAAAUGUAGGAUUUCAUGCAGAUAUUAGGUCACUAGGCAUAAAUCUUUUAGAGAACAAAGUUUACAGUUUAGAGAGAGGGGAUAUUGAUUUAGAGAUGAGGCAGUUACCAUCUGAAAAAACCAAAUAAGCUACAUUAACCAAUAUCUUCCAGACGACUAUAGGCUUGAAGCAACUCGGUGCUCAAAAACAGUAGCAUUGUCAAUAAAUAACACAGUAAGCGUAACACGCUCCCUGUACAAGUUCACAUUUAUAUUCCCUCUUAAAACUCGUGAAACUGUAACUCUACACUAGCGACUUUUGUCCACUUCGAGAAUCAAACAAAAGAAACCAAAUUAAGCGGCUAUAUAAAACUAUUAUUUAAAUAUUCACUGCACAGCAAAAAGCCGUCUGUUUACCUAUUUGUCCCUUUUCAGUAUACAAAAUUGUGUUAGGAACCUAACAAUGAAUGCUACAGGUACAUUCUUCUUCUUACCUGUAUC